AACAAUUCAUUUUUCUUUUGCUCUAGAAAUAUCCAUCAAUGCUAGAAAAAGAAGAAAGAGUUAUGGCUUAUGUUAUACAGUGUGCUCAUAAUGAUGAUAAUGCUGUUAACAAAAUUGAAGGUUUACUUGAACUGACCAAAAACAGCAGUUUCAAAGAACAGUCUAAGAUAUACUUCUACCUCAUCAAGGCUUUUGAUGAGAAGCAAGAUUGGAAGGGGGCCCUCAACUGUCGUGAAAGAAUGAUAAAUGAAGGAAUAGAAGUAAAUGAUUUUAACUUGAAGAGGAUAGCGCUGUUAAUGAAGCGAAAUGGCCAAGAGCCUCCUUUUACAGAACCUGAAGAAAGUUUAACCUACUACCGUGAAGAAUUAAAAAUGAAAGACAAGGAGAGUCCUUUGGAAAUUUCAGCAGAGCAGUUUUAAGAGCAAAUUGAUAAUUGUUUUAAUAAAUCUAUUGAGUGUUGUGCUUUAUACUUUAUUGUUUGGAAUGAAAUUUAAAUAGGAUGCCAUAGACCACCUGUUACAGUCUUGCAGGCAAGUAAUUCAAAUAUCUGAUGCUGAACACUUGAAAUAUGCAAUAAACCCCCAUUUUUUCUGUGUUGGCCAGGCCAGCAAUCAAUAUGGCUAGGCUAAUAAGUGCUAAUUGCACAGCGGUAAUUAAAUAGUAACAUCUCACGAUUACAUACCCCUCCAUCUGAACAGAAUUUGUAAUUGAAAACAUUUUGUAAUCCAGAGAGUGCAUUUCAGUAAAUACAAAAAAUAUAAAUGUAAACAAUUUACAAAAACAAGUGACUUAAGAGCUCUUAAAACAAAAUUACCCACAAUCUCUCGCUAUAUCGACGAGCAUCGUACCAUUUAGACCUGUAUGAUAUUAAUAUGGAUUUAAGACCACUAGUCUCUCUCUU